AUUUGUAGGUUAUCUCAACAAAGAUCGUUACACACAAGUCAAAACGUUCCUGAUGCUGCAAGUUGUGUUCUUCAAAUUCAACAAUGCUUAGCAAAAUGCCUCCUGUAAACCCUAACAUAACAAUGAGCAGACACAUUCAGCAAACCAACGAGCGAUUGGUUCAGAUAAGACAACAACUCAAUAAUAUGUCGCAGUUUGAGGCUGCAGGAAAAGAACUGUUGGAAUGGUGUGGGGAUGCACGAGCAUACACAUCACAUUUUGAGAACAACUUGAUGCAGUGCCUUCAGGUUGUCAACAACGUUACACGCACUGGAACAGUCAACCCUGAUAUUGCACACAGAUUAAUGACGAUUUGCUCCCACCACCGCUCAAAACUAUCUCCCUCAAGUGCAGAGUUGAUAGCACAAUGGACGAACGAUAUAAACAAGCUACUUAUGAUGAGAGGAAACAACGGAAUGCCGGCUGACCAGAACAACGGACCUCACGUUCAACAGGGCAUGCCGCCGCACGGUCCGGGACCUGGGCAUGGUCCGGUACCUGGGCACGGUCCGGGGCCUGGACCGCAGCAAGGGGCGAUGGUACCGGGACCUGGUGAUUACGCGGGAUACAAGCAGCCGGGACAGGGGAUGCCGGCUGUUUCAGUGGUGACGACGGUUUGGGGGAGCGUCCAGGCCCAGCCUGUCAUAACCCAGACUCAGGGUACAGCUGUGUACCCCACUGCUAACCAGUACAUGCAACCUGGCAUGAAGAGGAGACCUCCUGGCCCUGGUUUCUAUCCAGGCGGUCAACAAGUCGGAGGAUACCCACAACAGGGACCAAGGGAGAUGUUCAUAAUGCAGCAGCAGGGACAGCAGAUGGGCAAUCCAGCAGCAGCAGCGGCGGCAGCUGCAGUUGCAGCGGCUGCAGCGACUGCAACUGCAACGGCUACAGCUACGGCCACAGCAGCCCUCCAAAAUGAAGCCCCUCCUCAGCAGCAGGACCAAGGGUUCCUUAACAGGCAGCAACAAGGUCAGUUUAACCAAGCCGGCCCUGGAGGGGAGCAGCAAGGAGAGUUUGGACCCCAGGGUGGAGGACAGAACCAGGAUGGUUACAAUUUCUACCCCAACUCACAACAAGGACCUCCCCAACAAGGCCAGCAGGCCGGACAGUACUCUGGCCCCUUCCCUCAUCCACCCUACCCCAACCACACUGUUAACCCCGGACACCCUGGUUACAACCGGGUUCCUACUGACACUGUACCACCACCACAGAAAGCUCCGAUGGAGUACCCAGGACAAUUGAAACAGAUCGAGCGACAACACAACCACUUCUACAACCCGUCCGUCCAACAGUACCCGGGCCCUCAGAGCUACAUGCCACCUCCUGGACACCCCGGACAUCCCGGACACCCUGGCCAUCCCGCACAUCCUGGACAUCCGGGUCAUCCUGGACAUCCUGUUCACCCUGGACAUCCACCUCAUCCCGGACACCCUGGACAUCCCGGACACAUGUACAAUAACCCCAACAUUAACCACGAAGGACCGCGACCUGGCUACGUAGGACCACCCCCUCACCAAGGACAGGGAGUGUACCCCGGUAUGAUGCCGGGGGGCAUGCCCCCACAAAACAGUCUAGUAUCCCAGCUACCCUCAUCUCUGGUUCCUCCCAACCAGCACAUGUACCCUCCAGACAUUAAACCGGAUAUUAAACCCAUCAUCAAUCCGGACGAAGAAGGACCCAGGUUCACCUUCCCCAGAGAGGACCACUGUCUCCUUCCCGCCUUCAAAUUGGAACAUGAUAACCCCAACAUGGUCCGAGAGUUCAUCCUCAACAAGGACAUGUACCAGCAGCUCUUCUCCAAGUCGGAAAUGGAGAUUCAGUUCAAGUGCUAUCAUUUUAACGACAAAUUCAUGAACACCAAUUGGCCAAAUCAUGUGUCGGUCAUGAUAAACAAUCAGAACGUCCCCAUUCCAGUGACCUCAAACAUGCAAAAUCAGCCGACGCACAUGCCGAUGUUUAUCAAGAGGUACUGUAACCCUGGUCGCAACGUCAUCGCGAUUAAUGUCAGAGCUUGCUGCUGCUCUCACCUCUUUACCCUACAGUUUGUGAGCAGACCGUCCGUCAGGAGCAUUCUUGAAAGUAUUAGCAAACAGAACUUGUUGAAGAGUGAACAGAGCCAGGCAAAGAUAAUACGAAACUUUUCUGCCAACGGGGGCAUGGCUGGAGGUGUUAACGAGGACGCGAUAGAGCAGACGGCGAUCACAGUGUCUCUGAAAUGUCCGAUUACCCAGCAAGCUAUCAGGUUGCCAGCUAGGGGUCGUGACUGUAAGCAUAUUCAGUGCUUCGAUUUGGAGAACUUCCUCAUUAUGAACUCGAGGAAAGCGUCUUGGAGCUGCCCUGUGUGCAAAAAACCAGCGGAAAUACGAAAUCUGGAGGUCGAUGAGUUAAUUUGGGGGAUCAUUAACGAGAAACCUAAAGUGGACGAGGUCAGGAUCACGCCAAACGCUCAAUGGUCCCCGAUUCAAACCAUGGAUGUCAAAAAGGAACCAGAUGACAACAUCGGUCUACCAAUCAAACGGUGUAGAACUGACGACUAUCAAAUACGACCCCAAAAUCCUCCUGACCAAAGGAUAAUGCCCAAUUCUCAAAUUGGCCCUGCUGCUCCAGGAGGUGUCCCAGGUGGAAUCCAAGCUAUGCAACAACAUCAAGUCAGAAUGGCUGCUCAACAACAGAUCAACCCCCGAAUGCCAAUGAACCAUCCUGCCAUGAUGAAUUCACACCCUCAGAUGCAUCCCGCGAUGAUGAACGCCAUGGGAACGCCCAACAUGACCAUUCCACCUAACCAUCAUGUUUCAGCUAACCCUAACCUUGUUACAAACCACACUGUUGCAAUGUCUCACCCAGCAAUGGGUCCAGUGGUAACCUCAAUGGGCCCGAUAGGACCUGGCCAUCCGGGACCAAUAGGGCAUGGAAAUAUCACUCCUGGUCACCCUCACAUGGUUUCAAACAUUAAUGCUCAUCCUUCUCAAAUGUCUCCGAGUGUUCAGACUUUACAGCAACAGCAGUCCAUGGGUAGUCCCGGUAUGCCGAUGACACCUGGUAUGCCCCAUACGCCUAAUAUACCUGGCAUGCCACCAACACCAGUCAUGACUCCCAACAACAGUACCUCCAGCAACAUGCCACCCAACCUACCCCACUCACAGGGACUGCCUUCUAACGGCGGCAUGCCUCCUACUCCCGGAAUGCCACAUACCCCAGGAAUGCACCCUGUACCAAACAUUGUGCCCAGUCCUCAGAUGGUUGGAGCGCCGACCUCUCACCACCCAGUGAGCACUGUGAGUUAUCCAACCUCCGUCAUGCUCUCUUCCAACGCUCCCGGGCCUCUGAAACCUCAGACUCCUCAUGGGCCAAUGCUGAAACCUCCUACUCCGAUUAUGAACCCUAGGACUCCCAAGACGCCCCAGAGUAUGGGUCAAGUAACGACUGCUCACCUUACUUCACCUCAUCCAGCGCCCUCCCCAGUCCGGCCCGACUUACCUCAAAUUGCGCCAUCCCCUCAAGCUACACUUAACGGCAACUUCAAUUCUCCACACGCUAUAAUUAGGUCGCCAAACACAACUUCAGUCGGCUAUGACCCCACGUUGCUGCCCCACACCACGGCAAACGACACGAUACCCUACAACUCGAUGGCGUCGCCCUUCUCACCACACAGCAAUCUUGCUCAGACACUUACUCCCCUCACAGAACCAACUACUUUGGUGUCAAGUGGAACAGCAACGACAAUGUCUUUCCCUACCCUGCCGUCUGACGACAUUACGCAGUCUGCACUUGACGCCAAUUUAGAUGAUGACGACUCAGAAAUAUGGAACCUGUUUGACAGUCAGGAUUCCGGUCUGUUCAUGUAGACUUCAUGGAUCGUGUUUAAGACACGCUCGACACCUCAUCAAAUCUACAAUCAGAACUUCUUGCGAAGACAAGCACUGAAACACGUGCAGACUGCAGAGAGAUUGCUAGUGCGAGCCGCGCGCGUCCCGGACAAAAAUUAGAGAGGGACCAAAUCCUGGCAAUGAUGAAAUGUACAUUGUACCAUAAGUGAUAAUGAUAAUACUAACUCGUGAUGUGAACUUAUGAUAACGUGGAGAUAUAUUUAAUUUAGGCAAAUUAUCUUCAAGUGCAAAAUUGUUGCAAUCAUUAGUGUACAAUAACAUUAUAGAAAUUGUAAAUAUAUACAUGAUCAAUUCAGUCACUGAUUCGGUUAUUCUAUUCUGUUAAAAUUUGUUUCCUUUCAUCAGUGAGAAGCAACAAUCUAUAAUUUACAGUUAGUUCGAUUUUAUGUUUAGCUAAUAUAUAUAUAAAGCCCUUAAGAUGAGUGAUCCUGUAAGAAAGUGUUCAUUUAAACCGCUCGGUGCUUCGAAUGCGCACUCGGAUAUUACCAGAAUGCGCACUCGCAGUUCUGAUUCAUUAGGUGGACCUUGAGAGAGAGGAUUAUCACAUUAUUAAAUUACGAUAUGUUUAAUUUCAGAGCCAAUAUCACGACACCUGCAUAUUGCCACUGAAAGGGUCCUUGAACAAAUUUUCUGGGCUAAAACAUGACAUCGUCGGCUCACCGAAACUUUACUUGAACUAUCAAAAUUCAUAUGUGCGUCUUCGUCAGUGAAGAUUUAUUCCUUAUCACACAAAUAUGUCCCGUUUGAUGAUACAGUUCUCGCUAUAGAAAACUUUGUGUCAUAAUUCUCAACCUUCGAUUGUGAACAAAUUCAUUAUUCGUUUACAUGGUCCAAGUUCAGGACCCUUUCUCGUGGCUCUACAAGAAUCUGUUAGCUAUGGUAUCAAGGAGUGUAGCUAUGGUAACUGUAGCUAUGGUAUCAAGGACUGUAGCGCUUUUCAUUUUACGAGUUUUUAUAUUCGAUCAUUUACGGAUCUGUCAAAAUUUGUCUAACUGCAUUAAAUUUUAAAAUUGAAUGAUUUUUUACUUUUUAUUUUCAUUAUAUUAGAAUGUCAUGAUUAUUAGUAAGUAGAGAGAUUUGCAAACUUCCUCCUAAUUGAGAUUUAUAUUCGAUCGUUGAUGUUAAUUGAUUUACUUAUUAAGAUCACUGAUAGGUAAAACUUAGUUAAUUAUAAAGUCUAAGAAUAAUAAUUGCAUUUAUCGUAUAAAUCCCCUUAUAUUUUAGUUGGAGCCAUGAUUUUUAAAGAAACAUAUACAUUGUACAUGUCCCCUUGUUACUUUUGAUAAAGUUCGGUCUGUGAAUGAUGUAAGCUCAGAGAAUCAAUGUUGAUGUAUCAUCCUCGUUAUAAUGGUUCUAGUUGAAGUAGACUGAACACAGCCAUCUAUUUAAUCGUGAUAACGUUUCUGGUUGGAGAAAUAUCUCUACUUGAUUCAGAAUUAUUCCACCCGUAUUGAUCGGUCUUACUUAUGUUAUGGCCAUCAACUUUUAUCACGACUUCAACUAGGAACUGAGAUUCUCUGAUUAUGAUGUAAAUAUGUACGUUGUAAGAAAGAGUAUGUUUCAUAACUCAUAACAUUUUUCUUAAUGUUGGAUUCUUACAUUGAUUGUACUUAAAUGUAAUUCAACGUAUCAUUAAAUUGAUGUGAUCCUAAUAUAAGGUAAAGAAGAACUAAUGUACUAAGAUAAAUCCUUGUUCAAAAAGCUUUUGAGCAACUACUUAAAUAUUUAAGAGAGUCAGUUAAUUUAUUUCAUGUGAUACGAAUUAUCUGAGCUGCUAGCGUUUGCCACGAUGCAAUACUUAGUUUAAAUUUGACAGCUUAGUUAUAUCAUUAUCAUAUAUUUACCUAUAUAAUAUUACUCUAUAAUUUAGCUAAAUUAUUUAUUAAGUAAAC